CAGUUAUCAAAAGUUUCCCGUAGCGGAACAUACUAGAAGUAGACAUUUGUAAAAGUUUCUUUUCACUCAUUAUGGUGGCCGCUCCGGACUCCACCCUUGUAUUUGACCGGCGGGACCAGUUUGAAUGUCUCCAAAGCGGUUUUAAGUCCGGGUUGUUGACGGGGGAGGGGAGGUCAGUAGACUUUCCCCCACAUGUUGACACUCGGGAAAGUGGAGGCAACACGAGGAGGGGGGGGGGACUUUAUCUACAACAAGCAACGGGAGUAGAUCCAUUCAUGGACGAGAAGUUCGUCGUCAGGGUCUGCUAGUCAUUUUUCACGACCAGGUGACAACAUGUGGCUCUCAUAGCGCAGGCUAGCUUAAGUUCUCUUUCGUUUAAAUGUAAAUUUCUGGCGCCAACCAGCUAUCACAAUGAGCGGUAAGCAAGAGGAAGCCAAACCGCACGAGGAUCUCCAUGAUUCCGAGAAGCAUGUAGGAGAAUCCCCAGAGGCUUUGCAGCGGUUAGAAGGUCCGACUGAGCCCGGUGGAGGCGACAAAGCCUGGGUGACACGCUUGUACAAACGCCGCUGGGUGAUGGUGCUGCUCUUCAGCUCCUAUUCCCUCUGCAACUCCUAUCAGUGGAUCCAGUAUGGCAUCAUCAACAACAUCUUCAUGAAGUUUUACAACGUGGACGCCUUCACCAUAGACUGGAUGUCCAUGAUCUACAUGCUCACCUACAUCCCCUUCAUCUUCCCUGUCACCUGGCUCCUGGACAAGAAGGGCCUGAGGGUAGUGGCCAUUGUGGCCACGGCUCUCAACUGUGCUGGGACGUGGCUCAAGGUGGUCAGUGUCAAGCCCAACCUGUUCGCCGUGACCUUCUUGGGACAGUUCUGCUGCUCCUUUGCGCAAGUCUUCAUCCUGGGCAUGCCCUCUAGGAUAGCCUCUGUGUGGUUUGGGUCCAACGAGGUGUCCACGGCGUGUUCCAUCGGCGUGUUUGGGAAUCAGUUGGGUAUCGCCAUCGGGUUCCUGGUGCCCCCCAUUCUGGUGCCAAAUGUGGACAACAUGGACGAGCUGGCCCACCACAUCAGCAUCAUGUUUUACAUCACAGCCGGGGUGGCCACUUUCCUCUUCAUCCUCGUCGUCUUUGUCUUCCAGGAGCGUCCCCAUCUCCCUCCGACUCAGGCUCAGGCCACCGCCCGGAGCAUCCCGCCCGAGCACUACUCCUACACCGCCUCCAUUCUCAGGCUUCUCCGCAACAAGCCCUUCAUCAUCCUCAUCGUCACUUACGGCCUGAACGUGGGGUGUUUCUACGCUGUGGGCACCUUGCUGAACCGCAUGAUCAUCGAGCACUAUCCCGGUGAAGAGGUGAACGCAGGGAGGAUCGGUCUCACCAUCGUCAUCGCCGGCAUGGUAGGCUCCCUCAUCUGCGGGGUGUGGCUGGACAGGACCAAAACGUACAAACAGACCACGUUGGCCGUGUACUUCAUGUCUCUGGUGGGGAUGAUCGUCUACGCCGCUACACUCAAUCUCGGGCACCUAUGGGUGGUCUUCAUCACUGCUGGAGGUCUUGGGUUCUUCAUGACGGGCUACUUACCGCUCGGGUUUGAGUAUGCAGUAGAGUUGACCUAUCCUGAAUCAGAGGGAACGUCCUCUGGGCUGCUCAACUGUUCAGCACAGGUUUUUGGGAUCAUCUUCACCAUCGCUCAGGGCAAGAUCAUCGACUCAUUCGGCACGCUGCCCGGGAACAUCUUCCUCUGCGUCUUUCUUCUGGUUGGCACCAUCAUGACAGGGGGAGUCCAAGACGUCGGGACAAGACUACGGCGCCACGGCCUUAAUCCCGGGGCCGCAGACGCCACCUUCACCAUAAACCUCACCACAAAAACAAAACAAAAAAAAAUAAUCAUAGCGCCACCCACAGACGCACAAAGGGACUGUCUGACAAGCGGAGAGGGCCUGUGUCUGCACACACUAUCAUCCAAGAAGCCAAGUUUUAGACAUUCAACACAUUCAAACAGCCCACAAUUGGAACACUUUACAUCCCAGAUGAACAACACCUACAAUCCAUUUAUUUUCAUAAUUCUUUAAAAAAAAAGCACCUGCAAUCAAUACAGAAUUCAUGUUAAAUUUCCUAACUGGAUGCAAACCUAAUCAUAUCUGUCAUCUGUUUAUAUAUACGUAUAUAUACUGUAUACAUAUAUUGAAUAUAAAAUACCUGUUAAUCAUUUGUGCUUUGACAAUUUUACAUAUCAGUAUUGAAAAUGUUGUAUUUGUAAAACCCUAUAAUGUAUUUAUGACUAAUUUCUGGAAUUUAAAAGGCACCUUAUGCAGUGUCCACCUAUGACUUGAAGAAGAAGCAAAAUGAAUGAAUUUGAUAAAUCAUUUGUUUUUUUUAUACAAAUGUAACAGUAAUGUUACGUGUUUUAACAUGGCAUAAAACAUUUAUUACAAUUUUGG